CAAUUUGCGUUCCAUGGGCGGUAUAGGAAGUUGCACUCCUCUGGUUUGGUUGGUUCGGCGGCCGUGCAAGAAAAAAAAGUUUCUCACCGCUUCCAAACUACACAAACUACGUGAAAUCAGUGCUCUCUUUUGAUCUGGUGCCAUAGAAAAGACUCGGAACCAUCGUUUAUCUCUUCCUGCAAACAACGGUCAGCAAAAUUCUUUUUUUCUUUUUUUUUUUUUCUUUUUUGUUAUUGAUAAGUGUGGUUUGCGAUCUACGGCCGACAGCUCGUCUUGCCCCGUAGGUCGUGGUUUUGCCCCAGACCGGCUUUGGCGGGUUUGCCGGCUUAUCAUAGGCCUGCGCACUAUAAAGCGCCUCACGAGUGCGCCCGGCUGACUCAUUCCGUACUCGUGUGCGCGGAGCUCACUGCUCGGCCGUACCUCCCGCGCGACCGCAGAAAAAAAAGAAUAACAAGCACGAUGCAGCAAGUAUUCUUGAGCCAGCUGGUGAUCUGCGUCCUCGCAAGUGGGGCGUGGGCCUUCAGGGCUGCUGUCUUCGAGCACGUCCAGCUGGGGAGCCCGGCGACCGAGGCACGGAGUGAGGUGGUUGCCAAGAACCUCGCCGCCUACGAAGAGGCUGCAAAACAGGCUGCUGUCGAGAAAGCGGACAUGAUCGUGUUUCCGGAAGACGGCAUCAUGUUCAGCUUCUCCAAGUGGGCUGACGUGAACACCACAGCCGAGGACGUGCCUGACGCCGGAGCAGUGCCCUGCGUCGACAGGAAGGACCACCUUCCGGUGUUGACCAAUCUCAGCUGCAUGGCAAAGGAGAACCAGAUGUAUGUGGUGGCCAACCUGAUAGACAAGAAGCCCUGCACUCGCCAACCCUGCCCUGAGAAGACCAUCUUCUACAACACCAAUGUGGCCUUUGACCGCAACGGGACCCUGGUAUCGAGGUACCACAAGAACCACCUGUUCGUGGAGCCCUUCAUGAGCAGCCCUGACCCCCCGGAGUUCGCCGUGUUCGAGACAGACUUCGGCGUGCGCGCCGGCAUGUUCAUAUGCUUCGACGUGUUGUUCCGGGAGGCCUCGGAGCUGGUGACUCACCACAAUGUGACCCUGGCCAUCGCGAGCACCUGGUGGUUCGACGAGCUGCCCAGCCUGUACGCGGUUGCUGAGCAGCAGGCCUGGUCCCUGCGCCAUGGGGUGCCGCUGCUCGCAGCCAACAUCCAGAAAAAGGCGGUGGGCUCCCUGGGCAGCGGCAUCUACGCGGGCAUCCGGGGCCCACUCAACUACACAUACAGCCCCGACGGGAAGGCCAAGCUGCUCGUAGCGAGCCUCGACGAGACGCCCGUGAACCCCAGGUACCACGGUGACGAGAUUGCUCCCCCCAAGCGAGUGCACUUGAACCUCAAGAACCGGCCCUACAUCAGCCUGGCCCUGUGGAACCCCAGCGGAAAGUACCGGGUGUGCCACGGGAACUUCUGCUGCAGGGCACGCUUCGAGACAGACAUGAUCCGCGACCAGUUCUACCUGUUCGCUUACGACGGCUACGACCACAUCCAGAACCGCUGGGCCCUCAGAGUGCAGAAGUGCAUCGUGGCCGUCUGCAAGAAGCCCGAACUCAAGGAGUGCCUCGAGUUCGGCACCAGGUCGAGCACCGUGUUCACCAAGUUCUCUCUGGAGGCCCAGUUCCAGACGGCCGAGGUGUUCCCGCUGCUUGCUUCCACCGAGCUCGAGUUGACGCCCAAGCGGCACUGGAAGGUCGAGACCACCACCGGGAACUAUACCACGCUCACCAUGGACGAAGGGAACCCGUCCAGGAAGCCCCUGCUCUAUGCCACACUCACCGCCCGCCUCUACGACGAGGACCGCACUCUGUGACCGGGCGUCAAACUUUUUACCGACUGUACUGGUCUGCUCAGCAGUUUCCGCUCUAGUGAAUUUUGACACCUCAAGCGGAACUCACGUAUAUAGGAGUAAAAAAUUGUGAAAAUGAAUUAGAAGUUACUUGAAAAAGAGUGCGAAAGAUUGGUCUUGCCAGAUUUUGUGCCCACAAAACAUUUCCAAAACCCAUGCUUUCUGAAACUUCUGAAAUAUCGAGCCCACGAAAAUAAAGGAAGUUGCAGUGGAUGGCA